GCUCAAUCUCUCAUUGGCUGGCAGACGCAUCAGGGCCCGCCCCCGUGCUUUAUCAUUGGCUGAAGAGCGAGAGCUUCCGUUGACGUACUUCCGCUACUUGCUGCCGGGGACUGGGCUCCGCCGGGGUCGGUGAAGGAUCCCAAGAUGGCUGGGCGCAAGCUUGCUCUAAAAGCUAUUGAUUGGGUAGCUUUUGGGGAAAUCAUACCCCGAAACCAAAAGGCUCUUGCCAACUCCCUGAAGUCCUGGAAUGAGACCCUCAGCACCAGAUUGGCUGUCCUGCCUGAGAACCCACCAGCAAUUGACUGGGCUUACUACAAGGCCAAAGUGGCCAAGGCAGGCUUGGUGGAUGAUUUUGAAAAGAAGUAUAACGCCCUGAAGGUUCCUGUCCCCGAGGAUAAAUACUCUGCCCAGGUGGAUGCUGAAGAAAAGGAAGAUAUGAAGCACUGUGCUGAGUUUGUGUCUCAGUCAAAGAUCAGGAUCCAGGAACUGGAGGCCCAGUUGGAGAAAAUGAAGAACAUAGUUCCCUUUGAUCAGAUGACCAUCGAGGAUUUGAAUGAAGCCUUUCCAGAAACCAAAUUAGACAAGAAGAAAUAUCCCUAUUGGCCUCACCAGCCAAUUGAGAACUUAUAAGUUUUGAGGCCCGUGGGACACUCUGCUCUGACCCUUACAAUACAAAUUCUGGACAUUAAAAAUAAAAGAGGAUUAUAUAUAA